AUAUAGAACAGGAAAUGUGUUCGUCGCUGGAGAUGCUGCUCACUGUCAUUCGCCAUUUGGUGGUCAAGGCAUGAAUUUAGGAAUUCAAGACGCUCAUAACUUGGCAUUCAAAUUGGCUCUAGUUAUUAGAGGUCAGACAGCUGACUCUAAUAUACUUCUUGAUAGUUAUGAAAAAGAACGGUACCCCGUUGGUAAAAGUGUUGUUGAAGGUACCGGUUUUGCUACAAAAAUGUUGGCAGCUAAUGAUUUUAUUAGCACAUUCCUCCGAACGCGCGUUGUUCCUUUAAUGUUCCAAUUCUUCCCCCAAACUGCAUUUAAAUUCCAAACCAAUUUAUUCCAAACCGAUCUUAAUUACUUGCCCGAAUCUUCCGAAAUUCUUCACAAGUAUGCAUCUCGCUCAAGCGCUGAAAACAAAUUGAUCAAAGCAGGUCAUUACGUACUAGAUGGAUUAUUAAAGAAAAUUACCCCUGAUAAAAUUCAUGAUCGCAUAACUAUGUUUGAUGUCUUUCGUUCAACCGCAUUGAAGCAUACCUUAAUCCUCUUUACUCUAGCCGAGGGUGUUACUUCUGAUUGCAAUCCGCUUAUUAAAACUCUGUUGGAGAUAUACACUGAUUAUAAAAAUACUAUCACACCCGUUAUCAUUUCAUAUGAAGGCGCCGUCCAGACUGCUGAUAUACCAUUCAUGCCAUUCUUAAAAGAGGACCGAGAGCAUCAUAUAUUUAUGGAAUCAAAAUUCGAAUUGCAUGAAAAAUAUGGCAUCACGAAAGAAAUUGGGAAGCAGGGUUUCGUACUUGUUCGACCUGAUUUGUAUGUUGCUAGCGCAGUGUUUGAAGAUGAUGUUGAUAAACUAAAGGACUUUUUAGAAGG